ACCUUCCACACGUUAGAGGUCCUGCAGAUGAUAUACAAAGUCAAAGUCCGAAACAAUGUCGAUCCGUGAAGCAAGUCAUGCCGGUAGCUGGUAUAGCUCCUCCAAAUCACAACUCUCAAGUCAACUCGAUGGUUGGCUAUCCAAAGUCGAUCCUCCAGUCAAACCCAUCGGACAAGUCUCAUCUCAGGAAUCCUUAAGCACUCUCCCCGUACCUGGUGCCAGAGUCAUCAUUGCUCCGCACGCUGGAUACUCAUACUCCGGACCUGCAGCUGCAUGGGCCUAUCGCUCUUGGGAUGUGUCCAAAGCAAAGCGUGUCUUUCUCCUCGGUCCUUCCCAUCACUUCUACCUGUCGAAAUGUGCUCUCAGUAAAUGCGACAAGUACGCUACUCCUCUUGGCAACUUGACUGUAGACAAAGAAACCACAAAGGAGCUCUACGACACUGGCAAAUUCCAAUGGAUGAGCCAGAGUGUAGAUGAAGACGAACACAGUCUUGAGAUGCAUCUUCCGUACAUUUACAAGAUGCUGUCGAGAUCCUUCCCUGCCGAAUCCUCCUUCCCAAAGCUCGUCCCUAUCAUGGUCGGCAACACCUCCGCAGCAACCGAGAAGCAAUUCGGUGAACUCCUAGCUCCAUACCUACAAGACCCUUCAAACGCCUUUGUCAUCAGCUCAGACUUUGCACACUGGGGUCUACGCUUCCGCUACACCUACUACCAUCCUUCAUCAGCCGCCCCAGUCGAGCUCUCUGCCCGUUCAAAGCCACCAAGAGAUCCACCAAUUCAUGAGAGUAUCAAGGAGGUUGAUUUCCAAUGUAUCGAUGCUUGCGAGACCGGCAGUCACAAGGCUUGGCUUGAUACUCUUGCUGAUACUGGAAAUACCGUCUGUGGUAGACAUCCGAUCGGCGUCGUCAUGGCUGCGAUGGAGGUGUUGGACAGUCAGGCCAAGUUCAAGUUCGUCAGAUAUGAACGCAGUAGUGAGUGUACAAAGGUCGAGGACAGCAGUGUCAGCUAUGCCAGUGCUUUUGCUGUCAUCUGAGCAGACAUCAGAUAGAUUAUUGAUGAUAAUGACAC